GAAGAGCAACCUGGGCAACAUGGCGGUGUACAGACAGGCAGUGUUCCUGGACAGGCUGCUGUUUGCCGUGAAGUCUGCUCCAUGCCAGGCCCGGUGCUGUGCAGAAACCCACAGGCCUCAGUACUCCACUGCCAUCAGUCCCAAUGAGAAGACCUUUGAGAAGAUCCUCAUCGCCAACAGAGGAGAAAUAGCCUGCAGGGUGAUGAAGACGUGUAAGAAGAUGGGCAUCCAGACUGUAGCUGUUCACAGUGAUGUUGACUCCAGUGCUGUUCAUGUAAAGAUGGCUGACGAAGCUGUGUGUGUUGGCCCUGCUCCUACUGGGAAGAGCUACCUGAACAUGGAGGCCAUCAUGGAGGCCAUCAGGCAAACUGGAGCACAAGCAGUUCAUCCUGGGUAUGGAUUUCUCUCUGAGAACAAGGAAUUUGCAAAGCGCCUGGCUGCAGAAGGUGUAACAUUCAUCGGUCCAGACACUCAUGCGAUACAAGCAAUGGGGGAUAAAAUUGAGAGCAAGCUGAUUGCUAAGGCUGCCAAGGUCAACACUAUCCCAGGAUUUGAUGGAGUUGUCAAGACUGCAGAGGAAGCUGUGAAGAUCGCUCAGGAAAUCGGGUACCCUGUGAUGAUCAAGGCGUCGGCUGGAGGAGGAGGAAAGGGAAUGAGGAUAGCCUGGAACGAUGAGGAGACGCGGGAAGGUUUCCGUUUCUCAUCCCAGGAGGCAGCGUCCAGCUUUGGGGACGACAGGCUGCUGAUUGAGAAGUACAUAGACAACCCUAGACACAUAGAGAUCCAGGUGCUGGCUGACAAGCAUGGUAAUGCCCUGUGGCUGAAUGAGAGGGAGUGCUCCAUCCAGAGGAGGAACCAGAAGGUGGUGGAGGAGGCUCCCAGUACCUUCCUGGACCCAGACACGCGGCAGGCCAUGGGGGAGCAGGCGGUGCAGCUGGCCAAGGCUGUGAAGUAUUCCUCUGCUGGAACCGUGGAGUUCCUGGUGGACUCCCAGAAAAACUUCUACUUCCUGGAGAUGAACACGCGACUCCAGGUGGAGCAUCCGAUUACUGAGUGCAUCACGGGUCUGGACCUGGUGGAGCAGAUGAUCCGGGUCGCCAAGGGUUACCGGCUGCAGCACCAGCAGAAAGACAUCCCCAUCAACGGCUGGGCCAUAGAGAGCCGUGUUUACGCAGAGGACCCCUACAAGUCCUUUGGUCUUCCUUCUAUUGGACGGCUGUCUGAGUACCAGGAGCCUCUCGACCUCAGCAACGUCCGGGUGGACAGCGGCAUUGAGGAAGGAAGUGACAUCAGUAUCUACUAUGAUCCUAUGAUCUCCAAGCUGGUCACCUACGGGUCAACCCGAGCCGAGGCUCUGUCCAGGAUGGAGGACGCUCUGGACCACUACGUGAUUAGAGGUGUAACCCACAACAUCCCUCUGCUGAGGGAGAUCAUCACCCACCCUCGGUUCAUCUCCGGUGACAUCAGCACAAACUUCCUGCCUGAGGUCUACCCUGACGGGUUCAAAGGUCACCAGCUGGACGCAGAGAGCCGCAGGGAGCUGCUGGCCUCAGCGGCAGCUCUGUACAUCACCGCUCAGCUCCGCUCACGUAACAUCCUGGGUCCGCUCAGGGUGUCAUCGGCUCCCGUGGAGUGCAGCUGCUGGGAGCUGAGUGUGGAGCUGGGGGGAGAGCGCCACCAGGUGGACAUCACCAAGUCAGGCGAUGUUUUCACUGUGAAGGCUGAUGGAGGGACGGUGGAGGUGUGUGGGCAGUGGAACCUGGCCUCCCCCCUGCUGCCAGUCUCUGUUAACGGUGCAGACAGGAUGCUCCAGUGUCUGUCCAGAGACGCUUCUGGAACCAUAGUUCUGCAGUACAUGGGCACACUGUUUAAGCUCAGGCUUCUGUCCCAGCGGGCAGCAGAGCUGGACUCCUACAUGCCAGAGAAGGUGUCAGAGGACACCAGCAGCAUCCUGCGCUCUCCCAUGCCAGGAACAGUGGUGGCCGUGUCUGUCAAGCCUGGAGACACGGUUGCAGAGGGUCAGGAGAUCUGUGUGAUUGAAGCCAUGAAGAUGCAGAACAGUUUAACAGCCUCCAGGCAAGCAAAGGUGAAGAGUGUCCACUGUAACGCCGGAGAGACGGUGGGGGAAGGAGACCUGCUAGUGGAGCUGGAAUGAGACGCAUGUGACCUCAUCAACACUUCCAUGGUCCACCAGCAGGGGGCCAUGUUGGACACUAACCCUGUAUCAGCUGUUAAUUUUUCUGUUGCUUUUGGUAGAUUUUUAUUAAAGUCCCUUUACUUACAUUUCGAA